AUGCGGCUGCUCCUGCUCCUGCCCCUGCUGGCCCCGGCACCCGCGUCCGCGGCUCCCCAGGUGAGGCGGCAGAGUGACACUUGGGGCCCCUGGGGCCAGUGGAGCCCCUGCAGCCGGACCUGCGGAGGGGGCAUCAGCUUCCGGGAGCGCCCCUGCUACUCCCAGAGGAGAGAUGGAGGCUCCAGCUGCGUGGGCCCCGCCCGGAGCCACCGCUCUUGCCGCACCGAGAGCUGCCCCGACGGCGCGCGCGACUUCCGGGCCGAGCAGUGCGCCCAGUUCGACGGCGCGGACUUCCAGGGCCGGCGCUACCGGUGGCUGCCCUACUACGGCGCCCCAAACAAGUGUGAGCUGAACUGCAUUCCCAAGGGGGAGAACUUCUACUACAAGCACAGGGAGGCCGUGGUCGACGGGACGCCCUGUGAGCCCGGCAGGCGGGACGUCUGUGUGGAUGGCAGGUGCCGGGUUGUCGGCUGUGACUACCAGCUAGACUCAUCCAAGCAGGAGGACAAGUGUCUGCAGUGUGGGGGUGACGGCAUGACCUGCUUCCCCGUCACAGGCACCUUUGAUGCCAAUGACCUCAGCAGAGCGGUAAAGAACAUUCGAGGGGAAUACUACCUCAACGGGCACUGGACCAUCGAGGCAGCUGGGGCCCUGCCAGCGGCCAGCACCAUCCUGCAGUACGAGCGGGGCACUGAGGGGGACCUGGCCCCUGAGCGGCUGCAUGCCCGGGGCCCCACGUCGGAGCCCCUGGUCAUCGAGCUGCUCAGCCAGGAGCCCAACCCCGGCGUGCACUACGAGUACUACCUGCCCCUGCGCACCCCUGGUCCCGGCCCCCGCUGGAGCCACGGCUCCUGGAGCGACUGCAGUGCCCCGUGUGGCGGAGGUCACCAGUCCCGCCUGGUGUUCUGCGCCGUCGACAACGAGGCCUACCCCGACCACAUGUGCCAGCGCGAGCCGCGGCCGGCUGACCGCCGUUCCUGCAACCUUCACCCGUGUCCGCAGACCAAGCGCUGGAGGACGGGGCCGUGGACACCCUGCUCGGCCUCCUGUGGGGGCGGCUCCCAGUCCCGCUCCGUCUACUGCGUCUCGUCCGAUGGGGAGAGCGUCCAGGAGGCCGUGGAGGAGGCCAAGUGUGCUGGCCUCUCCGGGAAGCCCCCUGCCACGCGUGCUUGCAACCUGCAGCGCUGUGCGGCCUGGAGCCCAGAGCCCUGGGGAGAGUGUUCUGUCAGCUGUGGUGCUGGCGUCCGAAGGCGGAGUGUCACUUGCCGAGGUGAUGAGGGGUCUCCGCUCCAUGCCACGGCGUGCCCCUUGGAGGACCAGCCCCCCCUCACUGAGCCCUGCGUGCGUGAGGACUGUUCCCUCCUCGCUGGCCAGGCCUGGCUUGUCGGCGCCUGGGGUCUGUGCUCCAAGAGCUGCAGCUCGGGCACUCGGAGGAGACAGGUCGUCUGUGCCAUCGGGCCACCCAGCCGCUGUGGGAGCCUGCAGCGCUCGAAGCCCGCGGAGGUGGAGCCCUGCAACACGCAGCCCUGCCACCUGCCCCAGGAGGUCCCCAGCACACAGGACGUGCACACCCCACUUGGCCAUCCCUGGACACCUGUGAGCCCUCGGGAGCCCCCUGCCUCAGACUCCAGAGGCCAGUGGGGGGCAGCCCAGGAGCACCCCUCAGCCCGGGGUGACCCCAGGGGAGAUCGGGGUUCUCCCCUGUCGGCCCUGGGCCCAGCCCCAGCUCUGCAGCAGUCCCUGCUCCGACAGCCCCCCCAGUCUGGCUCGGGGCUCCGUGACUGCAGACACAGCCCCCACGGGUGCUGCCCUGACGGCCACACGGCGUCUCUUGGGCCACAGUGGCAAGGCUGUCCUGCGGCCUCGUGUCAGCAGAGCAGGUACGGCUGCUGCCCGGACGGGGUGUCUGUCGCUGAGGGGCCCCACCAUGCUGGCUGCACAAGGUCUUACGGCGGAGGCGGUGACAAUGUGGGGAGCAGGCCAGGGUCGAGGGCAGUGGCUUCCGCCGUCCCCAGCACACACCGGCCCCAGGCCCAGCAGAGCGAGCCCAGUGAGUGCCGGGGCUCCCGGUUCGGCUGUUGCUAUGACCAUGUGGCCUCCGCGGCAGGGCCCCUGGGGGAAGGCUGCCUGGGCCGGCCCGGCUCUGCCUACCCUGUGCGGUGCCUGCUGCCCAGCGCCCACGGCCCCUGCGCAGACUGGGCCGCCCGCUGGUACUUCGUUGCCUCUGUGGGCCGGUGUAACCGCUUCUGGUACGGCGGCUGCCACGGCAACGCCAACAACUUUGCCUCGGAGCAGGAGUGCAUGAGCAGCUGCCGUCCGGAGCCUGGGGCCUCUGGCCAGAGCCCCGGUGCAGAUGGUGGUGGCAGCAGUCCUGGUGGCCAGCAGGAGCUCAGCCGGCACAGGACGGGGCCCACAGUCCAGAGAAAGCCCUUGCCUUCUGGUAGCCCCUGGUGGCGAGACCAAGAGCCUGGGCCAAGGACAGCCCCCCACCCCCCCGCCUUUGGAGAACAGCUGUGGGGCCAGGACGGGGAUGCUGGACCGCCAGCGCCCCCCUCGCACGGCUCCUCCUACAGGGUUAGCUUGGCAAGCUCGGAGCCCACCCUGGUGCAGGCGGCCCUGGGGCAGUUAGUGCGGCUUCUCUGUCCAGAGGACACCUUCCCAGAACCCCAGGCUGGGUGGCAGAAAGAUGACCAGCCCAUCUCCUCCGACAGGCACGAGCUGCAGUCCGAUGGCUCUCUGGUCAUCAACCCGCUGCGGGCAGAGGAUGCGGGCACCUACAGCUGUGGCAGCACCAGGCCAGGCCGUGACUCCCAGAAGAUCCAACUUCGCGUCCUAGGGGGCGACAUGGAUGUGCUGUCUGAGGCUGAGCCGAGGCACUUACCUCACACCAGGGACCCAGCCCAGGGCCACAGUCCUCAGGACUCAGGUGCAGGGAGGGAUGCUGGGCGCCUGGGGGCUGUCCCCUCCUCACACCCGCGGCCCACAACCAGGCUGCGUUUGGACCAGAACCAGCCCGGGGUGGUGGACGCCAGUCCAGGCCAGCGGAUCCGGCUGACCUGCCGUGCUGAAGGCUUCCCGCCCCCGGCCAUCGAGUGGCAGAGAGAUGGGCAGCCUGUCUCUUCUCCCAGACACCAGCUGCAGCCUGAUGGCUCUCUGGUCAUCAGCCAAGUGGCUGUGGACGAUGGCGGCUUCUAUACCUGUGUCGCUUUCAAUGGGCAGGACCGAGACCAGCGAUGGGUCCAGCUCAGAGUUCUGGGGGAGCUGAUGAUCACAGGGAUGCCCCCUGCCAUGACGGUGCCGGAGGGGGACACUGCCAGGCUGCUGUGUGUGGUGGCAGGAGAAAGUGUGAACAUCAGGUGGUCCAGGAACGGGCUGCCUGUGCAGGCUGACGGCCAUCGUGUCCACCAGUCCCCAGAUGGCACGCUGCUGAUCCACAACUUGCGGGCCAGGGACGAGGGCUCCUACACAUGCAGCGCCUACCGGGGGAGCCAGGCAGUGAGCCGGAGCACCGAGGUGAAGGUGGUCUCCCCUGCACCUGCCACCCAGCCCAGGGACCCCAGCAGGGAGUGCAUCGACCAGCCGGAGCUGGCCAAUUGUGAUUUGAUCCUGCAGGCCCAGCUCUGUGGCAAUGAGUAUUACUCCAGUUUCUGCUGUGCCAGCUGUUCCCGCUUCCAACCUCAUGCUCAGCCCAUUUGGUAGCAAGGAUGAAGGCUAGCUCCAACCCCAGUUCCAAGACAGUUCUUUGGGCUGGGGAGAAGGGAAGAUGGACUCUUGACCUCUCUUUGGCUGGCAAAGGGAGUUAUAUUCUGGAGACACUGGCCCUUUUGAAAACC